AUGUCGACUUUAACAGAUAAUAAUAAUAAUAAUACUGCUGCUGCUGCUGCUGCUGCUGCUGCUGCUGCUGCAAAUAGCAACAACAACAACAACAAUCAUGGUGGGACAUUUGCAACAUUAAAGAUUGAUGGUGGCAACAACAACGGUCAUGAUGAUGAUGACCCUAUUCUAAUCAAUAGUAAUGCUUCUGAUAUUAAAGAUGAGGAAUUGAUCAAAGAGUAUCAAGAGGAUUCAAUCAAUGGUCCAUACAUUCACAUCAUAAAAGAGAUACUCUCUAUUCAACGAAACACGAAUCAAGUGUUGACUGAAUUUGUAAAUAAAGAAAAAGCUAGCAAUCCACCAAAAGAUACUACAACCAACAACAACAGUAAAAGACAACAAAAAAAACAAGCACCUUCAAAAAAAGAUCAACAAACCUUAAAGGAACAAAAAAUAAACUAG